UGUCCUGAUUCCCUCUCCUUACAUUUAGUCCAACUCCUACCUUGUUCUUUUUAAAUGAGGCCAGCAACAUCCCACGAAGCCUCUACAAAAUCCAACACUUCCUAUUCUAACUUCUAAGAACUCUUUUCAGAGACGGUUGCUCUGCUUACUCCUCAGCAGAGAUUGCAAGCUUCCAAAUGGAACAGGAAGAAGUGAGAGAAACAUCAGCAUACCAGAGAUCAGAGCCACAUACCAGCAACUACGAUGACAGGAAAGUUGGUGACAACUCCCGAACAUGGUUGAACCUGACCCUGGGCCGGAGCAUCUCCUCAGCAGCCACGUCAGGUUCCCAGUCCAAACAUGCCCCUCUCAAGGUGUUCUCAUGCAACUUCUGCAUGAGGAAGUUUUUUAGCUCACAGGCAUUGGGGGGACAUCAAAAUGCUCAUAAAAGAGAGAGAGGUGCAGCUAGACGGUCUUAUCACUCCCAACGGAUGAUGAUGAGCUUGCCCCUCAACACUCCUUUCCUACGCUCCCUACGAGUUCAACCUCAUUCAAUGGCUCACAAGCCAAACAGAGAGGGAGAGAUGGGGAUAGUGGCCAGGUUUGAUGAUCUCAGUAUGAGUCGGCUACCCUAUGCACUGGAGGAAGCAACAAAUUUAAGGUGGCCUGGAAGCUAUCAAAUAAAUUUGCAGCUCCCCAAGCAACCAGCAGAACUAAAUAAGCUUGAUUUGAGUCUCCGACUUUGAUGUUUCAAUCAAUUUGGUAAUGUUUGCAUGCUGCCAAUCUAGUGUUCAACUCCAUUUUUUGCAUCAAUCAGUUGAAGAAAGUAACUGCAAUAAGCUUCCAUCCAUCAUUAAAUGCUAGCUGGCUUUUAUAGCGUUCAUACA